CUCCACCUCGCCUCGCCCCGCAUCGCAUCCGCCUCACCUUGCACCACCUCCAUCGCCCGCCAUGGCCUCCUAUCGCAGCACCGUGCCGCAUCUGCACCUCACGCGCGACUCGCGCAUCCUCUUCCAGAACCUCACCGGCCGCGCCGCGACGAUGCAUGCGCGCCUGAGCGUGCGCACGGGCCGCACCAACCUCGUCGCCGGCACGUCGGCCAAGCAGGCCGGCGGCACGCACGACGAGUUUGGCGUGCCGCUCUUUGCCAGCGUCCGCGAGGCAAAGCGGCAUACACGCAUCGACGCAACGGCCGUCUUUGUGCCGCCGGUCAGCGCGGCGGAUGCCAUCAUCGAGGCCAUCGCGGAGGAAAUACCCCUCGUGGUGGCAGUGGCAGAAGGCAUACCCACGCGCGACCAGAUGCUCGUCAUGUCGGCGCUGCAGUCGCAGUCGAAAAGCAGGCUGCUGGGCGCAAACUCGCCGGGAUACACGAGUCCCUACGGCCCACGCCUGGGCAUUGCGCCCGUGGCGGCGGCAAGUCGGGGAUGUGUCGGCAUUGCGGCCAGAUCAGGCACGCUUUCGUAUGAAGCCAUGGGCGCCACACAAGCGCUCGGCCUGGGACAGAGCACAGUGCUCGGGCUAGGCGGCGACUUCUAUCCCGGCACCCGCACAGACGAGGCUCUCGAGUUCCUCCUCUCCGACCCCGCCACCUCUGGCAUCAUCCUGAUCGGCGAAGUCGGCGGGACGAUGGAGGAGGACACGGCGGCGUAUCUCCUCUCGCUCCCGCAGCCGCCGUUCAAACCCAUCGUGGGCUUCAUCGCUGGCCGCGGCGUACCCUCGGGCAGGUCGUACGGACACGCCGGAGCUGUGUGGAACGAGGGCGUGGGCAGUGCCGAGGCCAAGAGAGAGGCUUGGCGACGAGCGGGCAUCAGAGUGGUGGACACCGUCGGCGAGACGGCGCAAGCGAUCAAAGAGGAGAUGGAUGCGAUGCAUUGCUUGCCCGCCGAGCCGGACUGGGAGAAGCGGCAAGCUGCGACACAUUCGGCCUAGAGCUCGGCUGUGUUUGCAGGGCCGCCUCUUAGCACGUGGCCCGCACGUCGCCCCCGGAAUUGCCUUCCAGCCUGCGGCGGCGGAAAUCAGAUACCUUUCAGCACGG